CUCUCUCACACACACACCCAUUCCCUAUCAAUAUAACAUUUGAUAGCUCUUGUCCAACACAAUAGCUAGGCAGUAUAAUGGCUCCCCCAGCAGCAGACAAUGUUGUUGUUUCUAGCAACAAGCUUGAGAGGUUGCUUAGCAUGAAAGGAGGCAAAGGAGAGGCUAGCUAUGCCAAUAACUGCCAAGCCCAGGCACAACAUGCUCGAUCGAUGCUUCAUUUGCUGGAAGAAACCCUAGAUGGGGUCCAGCUCGACUCCCCGCCGCCGGCGGUCCCUUUCGUCGUGGCCGACUUAGGUUGCUCCUCGGGCACCAACACAAUCUUCAUCGUGGAAGUGAUCAUCAACCACAUGAUCAAGAGGUACGAGGCAAUGGGCUUCGACCCGCCAGAGUUUUCGGCGUUCUUCUCUGACCUCCCGUCGAAUGACUUCAACACCCUCUUCCAACUGCUGCCGCCGUUGGCUAAGGACGGCGGUAGCAUGGAGGAGUGUUUGGCUUCUGAUGGCCACCGCCGGUCCUACUUUGCCGCCGCUGUUCCGGGAUCGUUUUAUGGGAGGCUGUUUCCGGUCGGAUCGGUUGACGUUUUCUACUCUGCUUUUUCCUUGCACUGGUGCUCUCAGGUGCCCGACGCCGUGUUAGACAAAAGAUCAACGGCUUACAACAAAGGAAAGAUUUUCAUCCACGGUGCAAAUGAGAGCACAGCAAAUGCUUACAGGGUGCAGUUCCAGAGUGAUUUGGCCAGGUUUCUCAGAUCAAGAUCACUGGAGAUGAAGAGUGGCGGGUCCAUGUUCCUGGUUUGCUUGGGAAGGAACUCUGUGGACCCAACAGACCAAGGUGGGGCCGGCCUCCUCUUCGGGACCCACUUUCAGGAUGCUUGGGAUGAUCUUGUCCAAGAGGGCCUCAUAACAAGUGAGAAACGUGACGAUUUCAACAUCCCUGUGUACGCGCCGAGCCUACAAGACUUCAAGGAGGUAGUCGAAGCCGACGGCUCGUUCGCCAUAAACAAGCUCGAGCUGUUCAGAGGAGGGAGCCCGCUCGUGGUGAGCUGCCCCGACGACGCAGCCGAGGUCGGUCGAGCCCUGGCUAACAGCUGCAGAGCCGUGAGCGGAGUCCUAGUCGACGCGCACAUCGGUGACCGGCUCAGCGAGGAGCUGUUUUCGCGGGUCGCGAGCCGAGCCACUAGCCAUGCAAAAGUGCUUUUGGAGCAGCUUCAGUUCACCCACAUUGUGGCUUCUCUUUCUUUUGCUUAGGUUUGUGGAGAAUGGGCAAAGGGGUACAAGCUAGGGCUCUCUCUCUCUCUCUCUCUCUCUCUCUCUCUCUCUCUCUCUCUCUCUCUCUCUCUCUCUCUCUCUCUGUUUUUGUUCUUUAUUGUGUUUUUCUAUGUGGGGGACAAAAUGAAAACACCCAAAAGAGAGAAGAAAGAGGCUACCUUUUCAGUUUCAGUCUCUUCAUUCUCUUUCGUGUGUGUUUGUUGGUUUUUGUGUAUUUGGUGUUCCCUUUGUUUUUAUUUCAAACUCUGUAAACACAGCUAAUACUUUCUUUUACCAUUACAUUGUUGUGUUA